AUGUCCCACCACCACCCCCUCCUCCGCGCUCUCGGCCUCGCAAUCGACACCUCCCUCACUGACUGGGAAUCCUACACCCACCACCUCCGCACCCUCCCCUCCCUCGAUGCCGUCACAGUCCUUGACCCCGGAACCCCCGCCACAACGGCCAAAGUCCUCGAGUACGUCCUCCACACGCUUCCGCAGCGGCACGGGAUCCUGGUCAAAGCGUACGGUGAUCCGGGACUUGAUCUCGUGGUUCUUCCGGUGGAUUGUGAGAGGCUUCUUGACCAUCUCCAGGACUCCGAUGAAGGGGGUGAGUGGUUCAAGGGGUUCGUGAAGAGUAAACGGUUUAUUGGGAAAGUUUUGAGGAUGGAAGAUGAAGUGGCUUCAGCGGAGAAGGCGAGGUUGCAGAGUUUGAGGCGGUUGAAGGCGGAUUGGAUCGUUUUGAAGGAGCAGGAGAUGGGGAGGUUGGAUGCGCGGAAAGUUGAGGCUUUGGUGGAGGCGAUGGAGGUUGUUGGGGUGGAGUUGGUGGGUGUGGAGGGUUUUGAGGCGUUUGGGGAGGAGGGCGAUGAGGAAUUGGUGGCAGAGGAGUGUCGGCGUGUGUGA